AAUUUAUUGCACUCUGCCCAACAACAGCUUCAUUUUUGCUUUUGUUGUAGCCAUAUACACUACUGUCUUCUUCCUCUCACUUCAACCUUCCUCGAUAUCUCUCUAAAAUGGCGAUGAAUGGCUGUUCCUCCAGGUGAAGAUUCGGCAUGAUUUUGCACUGAAUCUCUCUCCAUUUCUGUUUCUCUGCAUCUGCUAUUUCUCUUAAUAGAUUUAAGUAGUUAAGACUUCUGUGUGUGUUCAGAGCUGGAUUAGUGCAGUAGUACUUAACCGCAGCAUUUAAAUUUUUCCUUUUCCUUUUUGAAAAGUUUUCUGGUGUAUUUAACUCUGAUGAUGAGAUAUUGAGAUGAGUAGUAACGAAAGAAGAUUGAAGGAAUCUUGGAUGCUAUAUGCGAAUUCCAAUUAAAGUAAAGUUGCAUUGAUUUUCUGUCUGUCUCCCUCUCUCACACACACACUAGAUUGGUAGAGAGAGAAAAAUGGGUUGUUGGUAUUCAAGGUUAGAUAGAGAGGAAAUGGUGUCUAGAUGUAAGGCUAGAAAGAGAUACAUGAAGCAGUUUGUGAAGGCCAGGCAUGCCUUCUCCGCCGCCCACAGCAUGUAUAUAAGGUCUCUCCGCAACACCGGCUCCGCCCUUCUUCAGUUCGCCACGGCGGAGACCAGCCUCCAUCACCACCACUCGCCGCCGCCAAACCCUUCCCCGCCCCGGCCGCUGCCUAACAACCCACCCCCUCCAUUCAGCCCCAUGUCCUGGACCACCACCACCACCUCCACAACCCCCUCCUCCGCUAUCCGGCCGCCUCCGCCGCCGCCGCCGCCGCAGGUUCCGUCUGCGUCCACCUGGGAUUUCUGGGACCCCUUCAUGCCGACCUCCAGGCGGUCGGUGGAUGAGGAGGAGUGGGAGACGACUACGGCCACCGUUUCUGAGGCGCCCGUCACCCUCACCACCAGGGCUGCCGCUCAGAAUGUGGCUGCCCCGCCUUCUGUGAUCACUGCCACCGCCACCACCGCCAGCAGCGAGCUCGCGGUGGUGGUGUCGACAAAGGGUAAAGAUCUGGUUGAGAUCAUCCAAGAACUUGAUGACUACUUCCUACAAGCUGCCAAUGCUGGUGCUCCACUCUCCGCAUUGUUGGAAGUCCCAAUUUGUAAUUUCAAUCGCCAAUCCUCAUUAGGUAAGGAUUUUGGAUAUGGAAAGAGUUUGAGUCCGGUACUGUGGAGUUGGGGUUCAGGCAGUGCAAAAUGGAAUGCAUUUGGAAAGUUCUGUGAGGAUCCUAUCGGAAACGCAAGUCAGGUUGCUGCCGAUGGAAAUGCCACUCAUUGUUCAACAGUCGAGAGGUUAUAUGCGUGGGAAAAGAAACUCUUCCAGGAGGUUAAGAAUGCCGAGUCUUUGAAAAUAGAGCAUGAGAAAAGGGCAGCAGCUCUCAGAAAGUUAGAGAUGAAGAAUGCUGAUUAUAUCAAGACUGAAAAGGCGAAAAAGGAAGUCGAGAAGUUGGAAUCACAGAUGAUGGUUGCUGUGCAAGCUAUUGAGACUACCUCCACAGAGAUAAUCAAAUUGAGGGAAUCAGAGCUUUAUCCUCAACUUCUUCAGCUUGUCAAGGGGUUAAUGGGCAUGUGGAGAAGCAUGUAUGAAUUCCACCAGGUACAAACACACAUAGUCCAGCAGCUCAAAUACCUAAACUGUGUUCCGUCUACGGAGCCCACUUCUGAAAUCCAUCGACAAUCAACACUUCAGCUUGAGCUCGAAGCUCAGCAGUGGCACCUCUCCUUCUGUAGCCUCAUUAAAGCUCAACGCGAUUACAUCCAGUCAUUGACUGGCUGGCUCCGUCUCAGCCUCUUUCAAGUAGGUAACAAUCCCGUCCACAAAUCCAAGCAAGACUCCGCCUUUUACUCGUUCUGUGAAGAAUGGCAGCUCGCAAUCAACAAUGCUCCUGACAAAGUGGCAUCCGAGGGAAUCAAGAGUUUCCUAACAGUCAUCCACGCAAUUGUAGUGCAACAAGCGGAAGAACAAAAACAGAAGAGGAGGUCAGACUCAGUGUUCAAGGAGCUCGAGAAGAAAGCAGGCGAGCUCCGAUCGUUAGAGAGCAAGCACGGCCCGUCAUAUUCAAUGCCAGAAACCUCCGGUGACACAAGCAAGGAUCCCGUGAGAGAGAAAAGAGCCAAGGUGGAGGCCUUGAGGUCCAAGGCUGAGGAUGAGAAGGCCAAGUAUGAGAAGUCGAUCAGUGUGACGAGGGCGAUGACGAUGAACAACCUGCAGAUGGGUUUGCCCCACGUUUUUCAGGCGAUGACGGGUUUCGCCAACGUGUGCACGCAAGCUUUCGAGUCCGUGCACAACCAGGCCAAGAGCACUGAGGAUCUUCACAAUGUGAAAAUGAUAUUACCUUGAAUUCAUUAUCAUGCUGCAGUUGGCUGGCUGAGGUUCGAUUCAAUACCUUGUAUAAAAGCUCAAAGGUCUCUGCAAUCACAUUUUGUCUUAGUGCUCGAAACGUUUUUCAGCUUUUGUAAUUAUUCUUUGUUUGUGUAGUAUUUAGGUGGCUAGAGUUAAAUGUUAGAUUUCUGGCUUAGAUUAUUCAGUUGUAGAAUCUGGUGUUUUCGACCUGGAUUGUACUUGUAUUUUUGUACCCUUUAAGAAGACAGAGAUCCAUUUCUUUGACA